AUUCUGGUCGGAGGUUUCUCGCGGUUUUACCAGAAGGUCCCGGUUUUGCAUUUACAGUUCCUCGUGGAAGGCGGGGCUACGAAUGAUGCUGCCUGGUGAUUGGUUACGCCGCGUUAGGAACGUGGCCACGGGAAAUUGGACCGGGCAAGACGAACAAUGAUUGGUUGGCGGGGUGACUGGCCCGCUUGUGAGGUGGUGGCAUCGGCGGGGAGAGCCAUGGGCCACGCAGCCAAGGUUUUACAGCUCUUUAAAACAUUGCACAGGACCAGACAAGAAGUUUUUAAAAAUGAUGUCAAAGCAUUAAGAGCCAGAAUAAAGAUAAAUGAAGAAUUCAAAAGUAAUAAAAAUGAAACUUCUCCUAAGAAAAUAGAAGAGCUAAUGAAAAUGGGCUCCGAUGUUGAACUAUUACUGAGAACAUCAGUUAUACAAGGUGUUCACACAGACCACAAUACACUGAAAUUGGUUCCUAGGAAAGACCUUCUUGUAGAAAAUGUGCCGUACUGUGAUUCACCAACUCAGAAACAGUGACUUUUCUAGGAUAAAAGCAAGUCUUUGUACUUUUUAAUUUAAAAAAUACAUAACUCUGGAAAAGUCAUGGAAAUGUGAAUUUUUUUUUCUAAGCUGACAUACUGAAAUGAGUGAAUUAAAGAGUAAUUUUACAGUUAAAUUUUACAUUUAAAAAGACAUUACUAAGAAAUAUAGUACUUAAUGAUUUCUAAGGGACAAUAGGUAAGAAGGCCAUCUAUUUUUAUUGAAAUUCAAGCUUCAGUAAAACUAAGUGCUAGGAGUAAACGAAGUAAACUUAGUAAACUUAGUGCUAGGAGCUGGAGAGAAAACAGUGGGUAUGGCCUUGCUUUGUACACAGUUGACCCAGAUUCUCUACCCAAUACCUCCUAUGGUGGUCCAAGCCCCAACCAGAUUGAUCACUGAGCUCAGAGCCAGAAUUAAGCCCUAAGCACCAGAUAGUAUAGCCCAAACCCCAAAAACAAAUAAAUAAAGUAAACUAAGUGCUUAGGGCGGUAUAGUAUAGUCACUUCUUUUUGACCUUGGUUUUACCCUAUGGUAAUGCAAUGUUUUCACAAAUUGGUCAAUUUGCUUCCUUUGUGAAAUGAAUUAUAUUAAAAUUAUGAUUAAAUAGUUUAUUCCAAAAACAUUAAACUGGGUCAAAAAUAAGUUCUCCACAGAGAGUGCUUUGUUUCUUAAAACAAGCCCUAAAGUUGUUUCUGUAGCUAACAAGUAAAACUACACAGUAUCCUUGUAAAGAAAGAAAACGUCUUUGUGUUCCUGUAAAGAUUUAUCUUUGUGUUCCUCUAAAGACUGAUUUUUAAAUCAGUCUUCUGAGAGAAAUAUCAAAAUAAUUUAGGAUUACUAUGGAGUAUUUAAAUCUUCAUUUUUGUUUGCAUGAUUAUUUUGCUUUGGGGUCACACCCAGUAGUGCUUUGGUGUGCAGGUAACUCCUGAAGGUGCUCAGAGAACCAGGUGAUGCAAGGGAUUGAACUCAGAUCUCCUGUAUGCAAAGAAGCACUUCAGUCCAUUAAACUAUCUUUCUGACCCCAAAUCCUAAGUUUUUAAAAGGAUAUACCCAAAUUAUAUAAAAAGUCUUCUGCAAUUCAGUUCUACUUAGGUCACAGAUAGACAUUAUUGUAUGGAUGUAAUUUAUAGCUUUGUUCCCUUAAUUUAGUCAAAUUUGAAUAGCUUUUCUUCUUGCAUAAAACCCAUCUCUGAUGAGAGUGGCAAUAUCACAAACUUAUUGGCAUCUUCUACCAUCAAACCUAUGAGCUAUAACAGCGUAUUUAAUAACUUCUGUUCCUCUUAUCUAUGCAACUUUAUCAUUUUCUUAGUGAACAGCAUAUUCUUUCUCAAUCACUUAUCAGUUUCUCCAUUUAAUGAUGAUACAGGGUUUUUAAUUCUUGUGGUUGUCAAUGCAUGCUUUGUUGGCAGGAAUGUUUCAGUGCCCAGACUAUAAUGUGUCAUCUAAAAAUAUUUUUAAAAGAUAAAAAAUUUUCAGAAUUAUUUAGGUAUAGUAAAUGUAACCAGAGACUAUG